AUGAGUGUUACCGUCGACACGAGGCCACCAGCAGGUGUGCCUCCCCAAGACCACCGAGCACCGAACGACCCCACACCAAUAAGCAGUUUACGGUCCGAGGAUGUCGACACGGAGACGAGUCGCCACCGCCCAACCGAAACCGGCUACCCGUCAACGGCGGGUCCUUCGCGACAAGUCGACAUGGAUACCGCCCUCAAUGGUCGCCGUGACAGCGGGACAAGGGGAUCGAAGUCUUCCGACAACUCGAGUGAGCCGCUUUCCUCCUCGAAUGCAGCGUCAGAAGAGGCAGCCGCUCUGCUGCUGAACUUCUCCGCAGUCGGUGACCACCCUUUGCCAACCAUUCCUGAACGACCGUCACAAGCGCGACCAAGUGCGGUGGCGACUUCGUCCACCUAUCCGAACACACCCCCUCACGAUUCGCCUCACACGACGCACGAAUCUGCCGCCGCCCCCACACCAUCCUCUCCCCCUUCCCUUCCCACUCCAGCAGCUGCCAGCCCAGAAGCGCAGUCGAAGCAAUCCAAGUCCAAGCGGAAACGCAACGCUACCGCAGGACCAUCACGACAAUCGUCCGCCGAACCUGAACGACCGGGACACUGGAUGGGAGAAGACAACGCUGUCAUCCGCUGUAUCUGUGGAUUCACGGAAGACGACGGUUUCACCAUCCAGUGCGAAGGCUGCAACGCUUGGGAGCAUGGACUGUGUUUCGGGUACCAGGAUGAGGCAUCUGUUCCCGACACGUACUUCUGUGAGCUGUGCAUGCCGCGGAAAGUCGACGCCGACCGCGCGCGUGCCCUGCAGGCGCCCCGCAUCGCCUACACGCGACUAGUGCGUCCACAGGAAUCGACCGAACAGGGCAAGAAAUCUCGACCAAAGACGAAACGUCAACGGACGGAUCGAGCGUCAGCGUCGGAGCGAGCGGCAGCGGCGGAGGACACUAGCAACGGUGGCAACGGCUCUUCGGCUCCAACACCAGCCGAGGAUACGUCCAUGGCACCCCCCAACAACAAACCGAAGCGUAAAGCGGGUCCUUCGCACAAGCCCCGCAAUGCGUCUCGGGCUCUCAACGAUCUGAAGGAGGAAGACGACUUCUUCCGUGUCGUUCCGUGGGAGAUGGAGUACACGCCCAUGAAGGACAACAUCAUUCGCGGCGCGCCGGCUCGCCACGCGAUGACUCAACUGUAUCGCGAAUGGAUCGAUGUCGACGAGAACAGCCCGCCACGGAAGGGCCGAGCUUCCUACCACGACUCUGGACUGCCGUCUCCAACUGAGACCGGUGCCCUCCGCCUCUCGCCUGACAUGUUCACAUCCCCCGACUUCUCGACUCUCGGCCCUCCUGUUCCACCAGUCACAUUGUCGGGAACCGAUCUCUCCAGCCUCUCUGCCCCCACGUCCAUCCGGCCAGUCGACGACAAUCACUGCUUCUUACCCCUGAAGUACAUCGAGCCGAGCUCCGGUAUUUACGCUCGGCCAACACUGUAUGGUGUUUUCGUCAACGAGGCGGUUAAUGCAGGUGGAUUCCUGGGCGAGUUCCGCGGCGAGAUCAUCGACUCUGCGUCGUAUCGCAAGGACCCAAUCAACCAGUACUCGGCUCUUGGUAUCCCCAAGCCGUACGUCCACUCAGUCGGCCCCCCCGUAAACCUCAUGCUCGACGCUCGCUCGUACGGAUGCGACAACCGGUUCGUACGAAGCGGAUGCCACCCCAACGCUGUCGUUCGCCCGCUCUUGUUCCGAUCUACCGAGGAUCAAGACCAGAAGCCCAAGCUCCGGUUUGGUAUCUUCGCCUCCCGCGAUCUGUCUAAGAACGAGGAAAUUGUCCUGGGCUGGGAAUGGGAUGACCAGCAUGUCGUUCACACGUUGCGCGCGGUAAUCGAUUCGACUCUGAAGAGUGGAGCUUCCAAGCCUCCAAUUGCGCCUGAAACGAUGGAUCGAUUAGCGCUCAAGUUUGAUUCGAUCCUCACCAACAUCUUUGGCACAUUCCAGUCGUGUGCCUGCACUGUGACAACAGACUGCGCGUUUUCCCAAAUGCGAAGGCUGGUGUCAGGGCAGACAUUCCAUGGAGUUAGUGGCUCCCGUGCCAGGAAGCGCAUCGACCUUGGCGAACUCAUUGGCGCAGUCCGUGGCUGGCGCCGCCGAGAAUUGGAAGCUGCUGAGGCUGCGAAGGCACGCCGCUUUGCCUCUUCUGGGGAAUGGGAGCUUUGGCGUACGGGACCCGCGAAGAGCCCGUCUGACGACGACGAAGUGAAACACGACGAAUCGACGCCAUCUCGACCAGCAUCGACCGCGGAUCAGUCUGAUCACGGAAUGGAUGUCGACGAGCCGGCCGCGGGCGACGAAGAGCCUCCUGUUGUGGACGAGCCCCCUUCGGAGCCCGCGGCGGAACCAACUGUCGCUGCCGAGAGGGACGACGACGAGACGGAGGAUGAGCUUCCGCCUCCUGUGGCACCCUCUGCUCCCGAGCCCGAGCCUGAGCCUAAACUGGACGAGCCUGUCGAGACGGCUGCCACCACCGAGGCUGUCCCGUCGGCCGACUCUGCCGAUUCUGCCCCGGCUGCCCCAGCUGCGGCAGAUGCUGUGGAGGAGGUUGCCCCGAUCCUUGAGGAGCCUGCCACCGCUGACCUUGCGGAGAAGGCGACGGUGACGGAGGAGCCUCCGAAGACCGACGAGGAGCCUGCCAAGCCGGAAGAGGCUCUGGUCACUGGCGCCGAAGCGGCCGAGCCGCCGAAGGACGACGCCAUGCAAGUGGAUGAAGUCGAACCGACUGCUGAACCGCCAAAGCCUGAACCCGAGGUGGCAACGGAGCAGAAGGAUGAGGACGAAACCGAGGAUGAGAAGGACGGCAUGAAGACGCCGGUGCCUCAAAACACCGCCAAUGCGAUUCCUGAGCAACCGUCGUCGGUCCUCUCGUCUCUUCCUUCCGACCAGAUUGAGCAUCCCGAACCCGAAGGCGAAGAGGAGCUCUCGGGCAAUGAGUCCGAGGCUACGACCGUCACUGUUGUCCGCUCCGAAUUGAGCGACAACGACUCUGGGUCUGAGGAUAUUCACCCGCCCACGAUCAGGCGCGGUCGCCGUGUCGUUUCCCCUGUUGCCGAGUCGUCCACGAAGCGUUCUGACAAGAAGCUCAAGUCUCGCCAGAAGGAGCCGGCCAAGAAGGCGCCCGAGUCUGUUCGAUCCACCAACAAGCGUCGUUCCCGCAAGAACAUCAUUGCGUCCAGCGACGAGGGCAGUUCUGAGGAUGAGGCACCCAGCUCUUUCAGGCGCAACAAGUCGCAGCGUUCCAGCCCCUCCAAGCCGCCCAAGAAGUCUCUGGUCCGCAAGGCUCCUCAGUCUGACAGCGACCUGAGCGAGGCUGAGAAGGAGAACGUGCCCAAGUCCCGCAAGGCUGACGCGCGCAAGCCCAGUUCCAGCAAGAAGCAGAAGCUUGACCGUGACAGCCGCGAGGCGUCCAAGUCCUCUGUUCGUGGCCCGUCCCCGCGCCCUCCAAAACCUCGCUCCAAGGGCAAGGCUGUGGCGGACGACGACGAGCUUCCCGUCAAGACCGAGAGGCGCUCUCGCAAGGUGAUUCCGUCGUCUCCGCCUCCUGACGGGGAUGAGAAGGACUCUGCUAUGGACGUCGACAACGAUGACGUCAAGCCUCCCAAGUCCAAGGACUCGACACGGUCCAAGGAUUCGGGCAAGUCGAAAGAUGUCAUCAAGUCCAAAGAGUCGAUCAAGUCCAAGGAGUCGAUCAAGUCCAAGGAUUCUGUCAAGUCCAAGGAUUCAAUCAAGUCUAAGGACUCGGCCAAGUCUGACGACGCCAUCAAGUCCAAGGACAGAUCGAAGGAGAAGGUUAAGGAGCCGACCAGCUCGAAGGAGUCCAAAUCCAAGGCGUCCAAGGAUCUGGAGCCGAAGACGAAGGAGGCCAAGUCCAUGGGUCCCUCAAAGGAGCCUUCACCCGCUCCGAAGGAGACUCGAGAGGCUAGUCCUGAGCUUAGUCCCCCUCCUCGUGAGACCAAGGAGCCUUCGCCCGUGAAGGAGCUGUCCCCGCCUCCGCGCGAGUCGCCUGCUCCCGCUGCGAAGGAGUCGACUCCGCCGGCGAAGGGUUUAACGCCGCCUCCCAAGGAGCUUGUUUCGCCUAUCAAACGUCCACAGACGCCUCCCCCCGAGUCGUCGCCUGCCAAGGAGGCUGCAAAGGAGGACAAGGAGUCCACUCCCCCUCCCAAGGAGCCUACUCCUCCACUCAAGGAGCCGACGCCGCCGCCUCCCAAGAAGGUCUCGAUGAAGGAGUAUCUCGCCACGCACAAGAUUCGCAAGGUGUCUCACCAGUCCGAUUCCACUGAUACUGCUGGCGAGUCGAAGACCCCGACAGAUGCAAAGGAGCCCAAGAACGACAAGGAGUCCAAGGACGCAAAGGAGGCCAAGGAGCAGCAGGAAGAGGGCGCCGCCGCUGAUCGUUCUACUGCGCGCCUGAACCUUCUGGAGCACCUGCCUUCUGCUCGCCCUCCGUCUGCGGGUAGCACGCCCACCAGCGCCACCACGACGCAGAGUUCAGCCUAUGUUCCCCGCACCGACUACUUUGGGAACGGCCCCAACUCUGCUGGCUCUACGACGUCUACGCCGCAGUCCAACUACGUCCCUCGUCCGAGCCCCAGCUAUGUGCCUCGUUCUCUUCCCGACGAGUCCCCCGCCAGUGUCGGAUCCUUUACGUCGCCGUCCACAGCCUAUGUUCCUCGCGACAGCUUCCCUCCCGACCCGAGCGUCAGUCCGGUCGCGCCUCGUCACGCGCUUCCUCACCAGACACCCCCGCGCUCGUCGCACAACCUGCCCGACAUGCCUCCGCCUCUGGCGCAGCGUGACGGCCCUCCGCACUACCGUGCACCCCCCACCGGUCCCCGAGCCGCUCCCACUGGCGUCCCCGAGCCGCUCCCACUGGCCCGCGCGGCAGCUGGUCUGGCAGCUCUGGUGGACCACCCCACAGUUCCGGCAACGGCCCCGUCUCGCCCGUGGCGCCGUUGCGCGGCAACUACCCCCCGCGUGGCGGCUUCAGCUCGUCGCGCGGGGGCUUCAACGACCGCCCCCGAGGUUUCUUCGGCGGGCGGCUACCGCGGCCGCGGACGAGGCAUGUAA